GUCAGGAGCAACUCCAGCCUGUGUGACGUUAUCCCCGUGCGCCGAAGGGUAACACAGGCCGGUGUCGCGCUGAUGUGAAUGUCCGAGUGACCGUGGCCUGGUCAUCGCCGUCGAGAUGCCGCUGGGUUACACGCCCGACGAGAAGGCCCGGUUCUUGCAGCUGGUGAAGCUGCGUCGCCAGUGGUUGAAGGACCAGGAGCUGAGCCCGCGUGAGCCCGUUCUCCCGUCCGACAGCAGAGGGCCCGUAGCCCGAUUCUGGGAUGGAUUUCUGCAGCCGCGGAGUCUCUGGAGAGUUUAUACAUACAAGACAUGCUCUGCAGGCUGGUGGACUUUGACUCGGUUGUUGAUUCCUGCCUGGAUUACUCAUUACUAUGUGAAGUACCAUGUUGCAACAAAACCGUAUGGCAUUGUGAGUGUCAAGCCAAGAAUUUUCCCGGGUGACACUGUUUUGGAAACAGGAGAAGUUAUUCCACCAAUGCAAGAGGAUGCCCAGAAUGGACACCAUUGAUUAGGGAACAAACGCACGUUAUGGAUGUACAGCAUCAGUGGCUGUACAAAAUUAAAUCAAUGGAAUAGAACAGAUUUUUUCUCAUUUUUGAAAGAGUUAUUUAUCAUUAAACACCGAUUAACCAA